AUGCUCUCAAGGGCAGAAAUCAAGAUCAACGGUCCUCGCCCUUGGGACAUCCGCGUCAAAAACACCAAUCUCUUCCACCGCGUCUUGAACGAGGGUUCCCUGGGUCUCGGCGAAAGCUACAUGGACGGCUGGUGGGAGUGCGAGGAUCUCGAUGAGUUCUUCUACCGAAUCUCAAAGCAUCGUCUCUACGACUACAUCCCUAGUCGGUGGUCUGACAUCUUCCGACUGGCAGUGGCGCGGCUGUUCAACCUGCAGUCUAAGAUCCGCGCCCGGAAGGUAUGCGACGUGCAUUACAACCUCGGAAACGACCUGUUCGCCCAAAUGCUCGACCCGCACAUGCAGUAUUCCUGCGGCUACUGGCAUGGCGCUACUACGCUCGAGGAGGCGCAGAGGAAUAAACUUCGAAUGAUCUGCGAGAAACUUCAGCUAGAGCCAGGUGUAGGAUGUAUACCUAAGUACUUUUUACGACCUCAGCUUGAGUGCAAUAUGCUGAGCAUGUCUUGUAGAGCAACUGUUCGUGCCUAA